UUUUGAAGACAUCGCGGGAGACAUCCUGAAAAUAACACCGUUUUGCAGCAGCGAUGCGCCCGCGCAGUGGCGCUGCCGUCGCCCGCUUAUCCGACGCCAUUUUCAUACACUCCCCGAGCUUUCCCGCACACAGGAAAAACAACUUCAAUGACACUUAUUCAAAGUACUUGUGAUCCCAAAGUAGAGAUGAUGGAUUCAACCACUGUGAAAGAAGACAGCGGUAAACCUUCAAGGCCUGUUAGAAAUCGACGAUACACAAGGCGUAGUUUAGUCGUCGGUCAACGUCCACAGAAAAGAUUAUUUACCCCUGAAAUUAAAAGAUACCUCAAAGAUUGGUUGGUUCGACGAAGAGACAACCCGUACCCUAACUCCCGGGAGGAAAAGAAAUAUUUAUCCCGUGAAACAGGACUCACAUACAUUCAAAUAUGCAAUUGGUUUGCUAAUUGGAGAAGAAAAUUAAAAAACGUCAACGCGGACAGGCAUCAGUUAACAUGGGGACAUCUCAUUCGCACUUACAACGAUCGCGCACAAGGUAAUGUUGAACAAUUCAGCAUCUGUUCCGACGACAGCAUAUGGAGCGAACCCGAACCGGACAGUCGUGAACAUGACCAUACUGAAAUAGAUGAAGACUUCAUAGACAGCCCCGAAACAAUUAGAGACCACAAUGAUCCUGACACUUCGGCGCUAAAAGAAAAAUGUAACAACAUCAACAAUAACUAUUCGUAUGAUUUACAGCAUAGUGAUGAAAAUACUCAUUUAGAAACUAAAAACUUAACAAGUCCAAUGCUUUUGAGCAAAUGGUUGGAAAGUGCUGCACGUUUUCAACCAAGUGAGAGCAAUUACGCUUGGUGGGCUAAUGGAAAACGAAGAAAGCCGGAGGCGAAAAUUCAAAGAAUAACAAUUAACACAAUUACCCGACACGAUCGCGACGAAGUAGAAGCAGCUGUUGCACUAACUGCUUUGGCAACUUCCGCGAACCGUGUCGCGACACCCUGACUGUUCGCAAUAAGCCUACAUUUAUUCCAAAUACGUAAACAAACCGGUACGAACUGUCCAAAAUAAUCAUAUUUUGAAUCUACCUACUAGAAACGAUAACUUCUGAUAUUCAUAUCCGUAAGAAAUUAAAGGUAUAUGUUUGCAAAACGUAAAUACGAGAAAUUCUUAAUUGUUACAUCACAUUUACCAUUAAUGCACAAAUGUACAAUGACUCCAUCUUCCAAAUUACAUCUUAAUAUUGUGAUAAUAUAUAUUAAUACGUUUUACUCACGCAAUUUACCUUUAAUUAAAUUAUAAAAUGACCUUUACAAGGAAAUUUGUAUAAUUGUAAAAAAUUAAACAAGUGUUAAGAAUCCAGGAACACAUUCACUGCAUAGCGUAAAAUUGUUUUUAUUAUAAAUAUAUGAUCUUGCUCAAGUAUUAUAUGAAAUGAAAUGUAUGUUAAGUAUAUAUUUAAUCGUACCUACAUAGAAUAGUUACUAUUGUUUUGAUCUCUAUUAUAUUAGUCAUAAGUUGUUAAUCCAACCAAAGAUUGUGCUUAAAUACCAACCGCAAUAAAUAUUGCCAUCAAA